AUGAAGUUCACAGCUGUCAUCACCGCACUUGCUUGCGCUGAGGCUGCCCUCGGUGCCCGUUUCACUGAGGCUCGUCGCCAACGUCACGCCGAGCGUGCUGCCAAGCGUGCAGCUGAGCGCAACAGCAACCCCCGACUUCCUGCUGAUGACUCCAUCAUCGAGGGUCUGGCUCUUGACAAUGAGACGCAAGUUUCGUACUCCUCCAACUGGGCCGGAGCUGUCCUUAUCGGUUCUGGAUACAAGUCUGUGACUGGCACUUUUGUGGUCCCGACUCCUUCUGUUCCCUCGGGUGGAAGCUCCCGAACUGAAUAUGCCGCUAGCGCGUGGGUGGGUAUUGAUGGAGAUACCGCCACCAACUCCAUCCUGCAGACUGGUGUCGACUUUUACGUCGAGGGCAGCACGACCAGCUUUGACGCUUGGUACGAGUGGUAUCCCGACUAUGCGUAUACCUUCAGUGGCAUCUCCAUUUCCGCUGGAGACACCAUCACCGUGACCGUCACGGCCACCAGCACGACGGGCGGCACGGCUGUGGUUUCCAACAAGUCGACUGGCAAGUCGGUCACUCACACCUUUAGCGGCCAGACCAAGGCGCUUCAGGAGCUCAACGCCGAGUGGAUCGUCGAAGACUUCAGCUCCGGCAGCUCGCUGGUACCCUUUGCUGACUUUGGCUCCGUCACCUUCACCAAUGCUCAAGCCACCACCUCUAGCGGCACUGUCGGAGUCACUGGUGCUGAGAUCAUUGACAUUAAGCAGAGCAACAAGGUUCUGACUGAUGUUAGCCUUGACAGCAGCACCCAGGUCACCGUCUCUUACAUUGGUUAA